CUUUAUGGUACAGACUGUUUUGAAUUGUGAAGUUGCGGGGUUGAAUCCAAUCAUUCAUAUAGAAGUGUUUUUUGGGCGUGUGGAGGAAUGCCAGCCUCCGAAGCGGUCCGUCUGGGUCGUAAGCGUGCUUUGUCACCCUGUCCAAAUCCUCUUUUCCUCCACUGGCUAAGCGAACUGAGAGACCAAGCUAAAGAGCGGGGCAUGAAAACACAGCACGUCUACCAGAAGGCCAUCAACUCUCUAAAGAAAUAUCCUCUCCCCUUGCGAAACGGAAAAGAGGCCAAGAUACUGCAGAACUUCGGCGACGGGAUUUGUAAGGUCCUCGACGACAGGCUGCAAAGGCAUUACAAAGAGCACGGUGCAGACGCCCCAAUCCAUUCGCUCCCCGGCGGCGGCGUUGAUCCUCCACGCAGACGCAGUAAUAAGCUGGCUACCUCAAAGCCCCACUCGGAAACCUCCACAGAUACCUCAGGCAGGGGAAAUGUAAAUUCGAAAAAUCUACAGGGAGAUGGAGGAAAGGAGAAAGGGUGGAAAAAGAAGAGGGAAUAUGUGCCACAGAAAAGGACAGGUGGCUAUGCUGUCCUUCUCACGCUGUACAGACACUGUCAGAUUCCUGGCAGCAAAGGUUUCAUGUUGAAGAUGGAGCUGCAGCGGGAAGCUCAGCCACUGUGUGACAAAUCGUUCUCUGCGCCGGAUUUGGGCAGUAAAUACACCGCCUGGUCCUCUGUCAGCACACUCAUACAAAAGGACCUGCUCAUCAAGACUCACAGCCCCGCCAGAUACUCUCUGACAGAGCAGGGCAUGGCCCUGGCAGAGCGACUGGAGGCCAGCGAGGGGGGGAGUAUGGGCGAACGAGGCCCCCCCGCCGUGGACCUGACGGAGGAUGAGCUAGAGGAAGGGAAGGAUGAGGAUGAGAGGGAAGGCUGCCCUGCAGAGACGCCAGCCCUCCCCGAGCCUGGGUUCGGCGUCACAGGAAAAUCCCAGGCUGCUGAAACGCUGAGGAGGCCGUCGGGAGAGGCGCUUCUCCCCGGCUGCUAUGACAUCGUGCUGUGUGUGGACUUCAUCGAGACGACCGGGGGCUGCACGGCACGCAAGCAGGAACUUGUCAAGGAGCUCCAGAGGAACGGCGUGACCUUUGACAUCAGGAAGCUGAAUGUGGGGGACUUCCUGUGGGUGGCCCGUGAGAGAGUUGCACCGGUACCAGGCCAGCUGCGGCCUCCCCCGGGGAAGGAGCUGGUCCUGGAUUACGUGAUCGAGAGGAAGAGGAUAGAUGACCUGUGCGGCAGCAUCAUCGACGGCCGCUUCAGGGAGCAGAAGUUCCGUCUGAAGAGGUGCGGUCUGCGAAGGCCGAUCUACCUGGUGGAAGAGUGCGGAUCAGCUGCGGCUCACCUGAGCUUACCUGAGAGCACCCUGCAGCAGGCCAUGGUCAACACACAGGUGGUGGAUGGCUUCUUUGUGAAGAGAGUGCAGGAUGUGAAAGAGUCUGUCGCAUACCUGACUGUCAUGACCAGACAACUCCAGAAACUGUACCAGAACAGAACGCUGUUUUGUCGCUCGAGAGAGGAAGAAGGUGAGGGAGGGAGCGAGGGACCGUGUGCGGGGAGAGAGAAAGAGAGCCCCUCCUGCUAUCUCCUUUCCUUUUCCGAGUUCAACCACGGGGCCGUCAAAAACAAGUGCCAGACGGUGAGGGAAGUGUUUGCCAGGCAGCUGAUGCAGAUCAGCGGGAUCUCCGGAGACAAAGCUGCCGCCAUUCUGGAGCACUACAGCACAGUGAGCAGUCUGCUGCAGGCUUAUGAACGGUGCCCCACCGAGACGGAGCGGGAGAAGCUCCUGUCCUCCAUCAGAUACGGGAAAUUGAAAAGGAAUCUGGGCCCAGCCUUGAGCCGCACUGUCUACCAGCUGUAUUGCACUCCUGGACCGUUGUCAUAGCCACACUCAUACACAUACUCACACAUUACUCAUCCUGUACAGAAACUUACACACACACGCAAGCCCACACACACACACACACACACACACACACACACACACACAUUCACACACACCUACACCUUUCCCAAUUUAAAAUGAACAGAACCAUUUCUGUGCAGGCAGAAAAGAAUUAUCCCAAUUUUUGUAGAUCAAAUCUUCUUGUUGUAAUAGACAUAUUUUUAAAUAAUAAAAGGUUGCUGAAAAAGU